AUGUCUUUCAUGAAUGAUUUUAAUCACCUUAAAGUUACACUGGAAGAUAUAAAAUCAGCCACAAAUGACUUUGGUGACAAGCCUAUUGGAAUCGGUGGGUUUGGAAAGGUUUAUAAAGGAGAGCUCUCACUCCCAAAUGGAGAAAACAAAACAGUUGCUUUCAAGCGCUUAGAUCGUCAAUAUGGGCAGGGGGAUGUUGAAUUUUGGAAGGAAAUAAUGAUGCUUUCACCAUACAAACACGAGAAUCUUAUUUCUCUGGUAGGGUAUAGCGAUGAUGAUGGUGAGAGAAUUUUGGUGUAUGAGUAUGCAUCCGGGGGAAGCCUUGAUUGCAAGCUUGGUAAAACUAGUCUUACAUGGAACCAGUUUCUCAAGAUAUGUGUUGGGGCUGCGCGGGGACUAAACUGUCUUCAUGAUCCUGUUGAUAGGACCCAACCAAGAGUUCUUCAUCGAGAUGUCAAGAGCUCAAACAUCCUACUCGAUGAGAAUUUGACUGCUAAAAUUUCUGAUUUCGGCUUAUCAAAAUUCGGCCCAGCAGCUCACCAACAGUAUACAUAUCUUGUUACCGGUGCUGUGGGUACACAGGGGUAUUGUGAUCCCAUGUAUAUGGAGACGGGCUCCCUGUCAAAAGAGUCUGAUGUGUACUCUUUUGGAGUGGUGUUAUUUGAAGUAAUGUGUGGGAGAUCAUGUUUUGAAUCAUGUAGUAAUGGUGAGCAAAACAUUUUAGUGCAUAAGUGGAAAAAAUGUUAUCAAGAGAACGGAAUAUAUGAUAUCAUCUCUAAUCAUCUAAAGGAACAGAUGGAUACGAAUAUAUGUUAUAGGGAUUCUGUUGACACGUUUGCAAGCAUUGCAUAUCGGUGUUUGAAUAGAGAUCGGAAAGAAAGACCAACGAUGGCAGAGGUAGUCAAAGAACUUGUGAUGGCUCUUGAUAUUCAAGAAAUAUCUGGAGAUGUUGACGAGAGAAAUAAAUAUGCAGAACUAGUCAGCAUUGCGAAACAGGCCACAACACCACAACAUGAUCUACAACAUAGAGAUCCAAAACAUCCCUCCCCCAUAACUGGCAGAUCUCGAACUGAACUUGCAUUGAUACUCUCCAAAGGGAUUCAUGUUUUGAAGAGCGAGCAUGUAAAUUUCUUUUACAUGAAUUUAGAGUAA